AUGAGAAAAGGGGAGAAAACAGACAGACACAGAGUAGGAGAAAAGGGAAAAAAACAGACAGAGACACAGAGAGUAGGAGAAAAGAGGAGAAAACAGACAGACACAGAGAGUAGGAGAAAAGAGGAGAAAACAGACAGAGACACAGAGAGUAUGAGAAAAGGGGAGAAAACAGACAGAGACACAGAGAGUAGGAGAAAAGAGGAGAAAACAGACAGAGACACAGAGAGUAGGAGAAAAGGGGAAAAACAGACAGAGACACAGAGAGUAAGAGAAAAGAGGAGAAAACAGACAGAGACACAGAGAGUAGGAGAAAAGGGGAAAAACAGACAGAGACACAAAGUAGGAGAAAAGAGGAGAAAACAGACAGAGACACAGAGGGUGGAAGAAAACAACAGAAAAAAGACAGACACAAAGGGUAGGAGAAAACAGAAAAAAACAGAGACACAGUAG